ACCCCAGGCACUGGGCCGGGGUCAGUGUCUCACCCUCUGUCUCCUUCUGAGUGCAGAGAUGUACCCCAAACCCACCAUCUCCCUGAGCCCCGGCGGGGUGACCGCCCUGGGGCAGGAUGUCACCAUUCGGUGUCGAGCUGGUCGCUGGGACACCAGGUUCUCUCUGUUUAAGGUUGGGGAUCGGACCCCGCUGGGAAACAUGGAGCCUGGGGGGGAAUUUCUCAUCCGCAGCGUGAGAUGGGGAGACGGAGGGAGGUACACCUGCUAUUAUCACUACGCAUCAGAUCCCUUCGCCUGGUCGGAGCCCAGCGACCCUGUGGAGCCCGACUUGGUGUCCAGAGCCCCACUCUCAGUCGGACCCUUGGUGGGAUUACACCUGGGGCAACAUCGUCUGCCUGGCCCUGGGUGCCGGGGUCCUGCUGGCCCUCGCCCCGAUCCUGGCCAAGGCUGCCCACGGAUAGAGGAGGGGCGGACACAGUGGCGCUGGACACCGAGUGUUGGUGGCAGCAUUGAGGGGCCCCUCGCCGCCCCUGUCAUGGCAUCUGCUCUCACCGUCCUCCUCCUCGCCGUCUCCUCUCCAGGCUGCUGGCUGGCCGGGCAGAGCGGGGUGUGGGGAGGGCGAGAAUACCCCAAACCCACCAUCUGGGUGAGCCCCAGCAGGGUGGUGGCGCUCGGGGGAAGCGUCACCAUCCGCUGUGAGGGUCGGUACCCGGGCAUGGAGUUCUUUCUGCGUAAAGCUGGACACCCGAACCAGCAGGUGCGGACGGUGCCUGAUGGGACCGUGGCUGAAUUUCCCAUCCCCAGUGUCAGCCGGGAAGAUGGAGGGAGCUACACCUGCGAAUAUCAACCCAUAACGGAUCAGAGUCGCUGGUCGUAUCUCAGCGACCCCGUCGAGAUCAUUGUAGCAGAUCCCAGCUUACCCAGACCCUCCAUCUCUCUGAGCCCCACUGGGGUCACCGCCCCAGGGGCAGACGUCACCAUCCGGUGUCAGUGGCAGCACCGGGAUGUGAGGUUCUUCCUGCACAAGGCUGGAAACCAGAACCCGCCGCGACACAUGGACCCUGCUGGGGACGGGGCCGAGUUCCGCAUCCCCACCGUGGGCCGGCAGCACAGAGGGAACUACAGCUGCAGCUACCGGCCCCGAUCAGAGCCCUUCGUCUCCUCGCAGCCCAGCGACCCCCUGCUGGUCCGUCCCACCGCAGCAGAGAUCCAGGCUCAGCACCAGCAGUAG